AUGCCCUGCUUUUCACCAGCGGCUCUUCGGCUUCAACAUGGUCCGUCGUUUUUCAACAUUCAGCCACCAUGGCAGCUUUUCAAGGCUGAAAGUACACGCGUCUACAGGCUCGUCAUUAUCGGCCCAUCUCGGCGCGCCUCUGGUGGCAAGAUGCUGGGGUGUUCCAUUACACGCACACAGAACUUGAACGUUGUUACUGCCAACUGUAAAGACCCUGGUUCGCACUACAGCCGCACGCAACUACCCAUGCCUCGUAAAGAUCUUCCGGUACCACAAUUUGCCCGACCCGACCAACCUUGCGAAUGUCUUGGCUAUCUUACAGCAGAUCUCAUCCCGCGUCUGUCACGUGAUCGACUAGGUAAUGCAUGCUCAUCUUACAGCAUUACCCAUGCUACCACAGUGCUUCUUCGGAUUCUUCCCGUUUCAAGAUCAGCCAAGGACGUCAUUCGCAUCAUCGGUUUGAACUCGAUAUAG